UACAUGAAAUCCACAAAAUCAUUUUCUUUAAUGAAAAUUUGAGGCCCUCUUUUUACUCGCAACACAAAUGUUCUUUUGAUUAGCCCUUUUAUUUUGUUGACUCAUUGUUAAUGCCUCCACAAGAAGAAAGCUGAGGAAACGGAGGCGAAAAAAUCUCAGAUAGGUUUUUUUAACAUUUACAAUCGAAAUGGAGAAGGAAAGCCACGAGGAGAACAACAACUACACUGUCUCUGGUGAUGUCAUCACCAAACGGAAGCCUGGUCGCCCUAGAAAGCACCUCAAGCUAGACUCACCCGAGCAGUCUUCUCGCCACAUCGAAGACAACGACGAAGCUAUGGUUGGACAACAUGUUACCGGCGUCAUCGAGGCGACCUUUGAAGCAGGUUUCUUGCUCUCGGUCAAGCUCGGCAACUCGGACACCGUGCUUAGAGGUGUGUUGUUCAAGCCUGGUCGCUGCGAGCCUGUAUCGGUUGAUAACGAUAUUGCUCCUCAUGUUCCGAUGAUAACGAGAAACAGCGACGUGGUGGUGCAGCAUCAACAUCAUGGAUUGCCAGCUAAACGAGGUCGUAAAUCUAGGUUCCGUGAGAAGCGUGGUACCAGUGCAUUGGCUCCUGUCCCCAUUCUGCCAGCUUUGGUUCCUGCCGUGCAGAAUGGCGGUGGGAGUGCACUCCCGAGCCACCAGGGACAUGACUCUCAAGUGAGUGGAGGUAGUAACAGCAAGCCAUUUGAGACGCUGCUUACACGAGUGAUGAAGGAAGGUCAAGUCCAUAACACCGCGUCGCAGCUCACUGAACCAGAGUCAGAGGAACAGGCUCUGUCUAUUGAGCCGUUGCAGGCGAUACACCCGGUCCAUCCAGUACAUAUUCCAAAACCUAUGCCGAGUUAUGGACGUGGCAAGAUGACAGAACUUCUUCAGGCCGUGCAGGAGAAUGUGAGGGAGACCCAUUUCUCUCAAGGAGAGUGACUAUCUGGAGUAUUCUUGCUGCAAACCGUUGAGAGUUUUAAAGUCUGAUUCAGUCACUGUAAUCAGAAAUAGGAAAGCAGAGUUUUAACUACUGUCUAGCUUAAAGAUGUCAGAAAAAGUUUAUGAUGAUUCGUUACAUAGAUGCUCAUAACUACAUUUUCUUUAAGAUAAUACAAAUAAGAUGAGAUCUGUUAGAAUA